CCUGCUCACACUCGCACCACUUUUCUGUUUCUGAACUCUGACCUCGGUGCUUGUGUCUGUGGUCGGAUCUCAUUCGAGGCAGAUUCUUCUGGCUAGAUAAUCAAAGUAUUCCUUCAGAUGAAUGAAUUGUCAAGGCUGCUUGACUAGCUUAUCAGAAGCUACACUCACUCUGUGAUACGAGUUGCGGACGCAGCAGGUUACACGGUUGCUGUCACAUAAUAUGACCUACAUGUGUUACUCAGUGUCGGGAUUUGUUUUGCUACAUAGCUAGUUAGCUGUUAGCUAGUCAGCUAGCUAGCAAGCUCUGUCACCGCUGAUAGUGCUAACUCAAAAAAGCGUUGCUGUCAAGUCGGAAUAACAUCCGGCUUUAGAAAUUAGGGUAGCGUUAAAUCUCCGGGACUCAUGACUGUCCCUAUGUGACAAUGUACUCGAGGUUAGUUUUACCAAGUAACGGAACAAGCCGCCCUGAAUUACUUAGUAAUAACAGUAACCUAGCUAACCUGAGUUAGCCAGGUUACAGCUCACCGUGUCCAUCGUCAACACUUCCAGCACCCGGCAGUGUGAAGAGCGGUCUUGUGCAAGCUAACGGUACACCCAUCAGCUAGCCGGGCUAGCUAGGAUACCGUUUAGCAUCAAGGUUUUAUCGACUGGAUAACGUUUCCAGCGACCAUGGCUAACGUUACAGACCUGCAAACAAAGUACAGUAAGCUGGCACAGGAGUACUCUAAGCUCCGUGCCCAGAACCAGGUGCUGAAGAAGGCAGUUGUUGAUGAACAGGGCAACUCUGCGUCAUUUAAGGAGCAGCUGAAGCAGAGGGACCAGAGCCUGAGGAAGCAGGAGCAGGAGAUGGACAGUCUCAGCUUCAGGAACCAACAGCUGGCCAAGAGGGUGGAGCUGCUUCAAGAGGAGCUCGCUGUCAGUGAAGCCAAGGGCAAAAAGGGGAAGAGUAAAGCAGAUUCUCCCUCACAGCACGGCCUUGAGACGCAGAGUGUUUUUGAUGAAGACCUGCAGAAAAAGAUAGAAGAAAAUGAGCGACUUCAUAUCCAAUUCUAUGAAGCAGGUGAGCAGCACAGGAGGCAGGAGGCCGAGCUGACGACACGACUGCAGGAGCUGGAAAACGACUCUGAGCAGCACCAGGCUGUUGUGGACGGACUCACUACGAAGUACAUGGAAACAAUCGAGCGGCUGCAGAGUGACAAGGCCCGUUUAGAGGUUAAGUCACAGACUCUGGAGAGGGAAGCAAAAGAGUGCAGAAUGCGAACAGAAGAGUGUCAGCAGCAGUUGAGGCUGAGCCAGUCCGAGCUGAACCGACAGGUGAAACAAAGCAGCAGUGUUAUCCAGGAGAAAGUGCCCUUCAAUGACACCAAAUUUAGUGGCUACAACAGCUUGAAUGUGCCACCACACAAUCGAAGGCACCAGCUUAAAGCCCGGGAUGUGGCAGGUCAGGCCCUGAGCUUUAUUCAGGACCUGGUGGCCGCUCUAUUGAACUUCCACUCCUACACAGAACAGAGGGUGCACAUCUAUCCCCUGGACUCCUCCAUUGAGCCCAUCUCCCCUCUGAACCAGAAGUUUUCUCAGUAUCUACAUGAAAAUGCAGCCUUUGUGCGCCCCCUGGAGGACAGCUUUCUGCAGUUACAGCAAAGCAUCACAGAGGACACUGUCACAGUACUGGAGACUGUGGUCAAGCUGAAGAGCUUUGCUGAUAAUUUCUCCUCAUACACCCACUUUCUGCAAAAGAUUCUUCCCUACCAGCUAAAAAGCCUGGAAGAAGAGUGCGACGCACCUCUCUGUACUGCUGCCCUCACUGUGAAAAACCAGGAGUUGCAGAGUGACAUGAAGAGAGUAACUUCUGUGUUUGAGAAACUGCAGAGCUACAUUAACCUGUUGGCCUUACCCAGUGUUCGGCAGGACGCCAUGCCACAGAGCAGCACCUCAGCUGUCUUCACUCAGCUGGCUGCCUGCCUGCACAGUCUUCAAGAUGCCAUUAAAGAGAUGUCAAAGCACUACAACCAGAAGGCCGGAUUAGAGCAGGAGCUUCCAACCAUCACCCAAAAGCUCCGUACCACCACAGAGUGCCUGCUGGGAUCUUUGGGCUCUCUGACCAGCAGCACCGGCAAGAUUGCCACUUUCUUCAGCAACAACUUGGACUUCUUCACAUCAUCAGGCUACAGUCCAAGAGGCAGCACACUAGCCCUCAACCCUUUGCAAGCCGAGAGUAUGCUGGCCAACAAAAAGAAAGCAGCUGCCUAUAUCCAUGCUGUCAAAAAGGCCAGGCCGCAGUCUGUUCCAUACAGAGAAGCUCUGGCAAACCGUCGUAUACUCACCAGCUCCACUGAGAGCAGAGAAGGUCUUACUCAGCAGGUGCAGCAGAGCCAGGAUAAGAUCGCUCGGCUGGAGCAGGAGAAGGAGCACUGGCUCCUGGAGGUCCAGCUGGGGAAGGUGCGGUUGGAAAAGGAGAACCAGAGAAUUGCUGACCUGGAAGUGCAGCUCGCUGCAGCUCAAGGGGGAAGUCCGAACUCGUACUCGGUUGCAGCCAGCACACUCGCACAGAGCCAUGAGGAAUCAGAGCAAGAGGAGAAUGCUGCGGGGAAAGAGACUGCGCUGUGCACCAGCCUGGUUGGCAUGUUGUGCACAACACCUACAGUUGAGAAUGUGGGAGACGAGGAGUCCAGAGAGCAGCUGAUAAAGACUCACUACAUGGCCAGAGUGGGAGAGCUCACCACCCAGCUCCAGAUUUCAGACAGCAAAGCGGUGCACUUCCACUCUGAGUGUCGAGCUUUGGCCAAGAGAUUAGCCAUUGCAGAAAAAUCACGGGAGACUCUGACAGAGGAGGUCAAACUGGCUAAUCAGAAGAUCACACGCUUGCAGGAUGAGCUGGCUACGACGAAGAGGAGCUACGAAGACCAGCUCAGCAUGAUGAGCGACCACCUGUGUAGUAUGAAUGAGACUUUGAGCAAGCAGAGAGAGGAAAUCGACACUCUUAAACUGGGCAGCAAGGGAAAUGCCAAAAAGAACAAAGGUCGCUAGAGCUGCCCUCUUAACUCUGGCUCCAUUUUGGCAUCACAAAGGACACCUUGAGAGAAGAUCUGUGGAGACUCCCAGCAGCGUCAUGGUACCAACACUAUCACCAAACCACAGGACGGCUACAUGAGCCUCAGAUUCCUCCACUGUCAGGCACUGGCAAUACAAAUGAACUCGUAUGGAGGCUUCAACACGUUUUACUGAAGAAGCUUACUUUUUCUUUUUCCUCCUUGUCACAGCACCAGUUAUUACUCAACAUGAUUUGCAAAAAAAUGUUAUCUGAAACUUUACCGGAUGCUGCUGCUUGACCUUUUGGCCUGAAGCAGGAUGGGAGAGAAACAGCUUUUCCCCCCCGAAAGGGACAGAGGAAGAUAAACGGGGAAGGGUUGAAGUUGGUAAUGCUCACUGAUGUCAAGACUUGAAGACCAAACCCUGUUGAUCUGUUUUUAAUGUAUGUGUGAGAGAAAAUGAAACUGCAUUAUCACUGCUUAUCUGUGGGAGCAGAGUAAAUGUUGGUGUGGCUGUAUGUGUGCAGAGUGUUGUCUCAUAGUGUGUCUGUGGCACCAGGCUUUACAACAUGCCACUUUUGUUUUACACUUUUUUUUUCUUUUUUCUUUGUUUUUUUAUGAUCAAAUGUGAAAUUAUUUGUGCAAAAAUGUUCCAAGGGUGCUUCUACAUACAGCAUAAUACCCCGUUAAAACACAUGCAUAUAUCACGAGCUUCUGUAAAAGAAGGGCUUUAAAACCUUGAAGUGAACAACUAACAAAAGACACACUUGAAUUCAUUCCUCAUUUCGGAAAAUGUUCUGUCCUGUGGGAGUGGAGAAAAGACGAGAAUAAAUGUCUGCCUUGAAGCACUGAUUAACUCUUUACCUAGAUGGAAAAGGUAGGAUGGACAAGUCGGAGCUCGUAAAAUGGUGUCCGUCUGUCUCUGUGAAGUGCAACACUAGUCGUUUUUAUCACCAGAGUAAGUGUAGAUGUGCACUCCGAAACGUGGUGUGGCACAACGGUCUAUCAAUUCAUGUUGCGAUAUGUAAGGACAAAAAGGGUUAACAUGAAUAUACACUCAUUUGAAAUCAUGAUAUAAUUCCACUGUAUAAUUUCUAAAAUAUAUAUAUAUAUAUAUAUCUAUACACACACACACACACACAGCCAUUUAUACAGAGGUUACACAUUUUUAUUUUACACAAAAUUUUUAAAACUGAAUCUGCCGCUAUAUUGUUGUGUGUCUCCUGUAAGGCUAGAUUAGUGGGAAUUGUUUGCGAGGGGUGGGCCCAUCUGUAACUGGUGCUUAGACAUCCUGAUUCAUGAGUCACGGCAGAGUGCAGUUAAUGUUUACAGUAAAAUGGCUUUGACUUGUAUUGACAAGAGGAAAAUGAAAGAAGAAGCCCAGCAGUGGUUAUGAGCAGUUCAUUCAAACCCCUUUUUGCCAGUUUACACCUGCCAGCAAAACUUUUGAUCACAAAGAUUUGCAAACACCCCUGAAACUGAUUUAAUAGUAAUACUUGUAUUCUCACAAUGUAACUUGUUCAAAAGCACAUACAUAUGUGAAACAAAAUAAAAAAGCUUGUUCAACAUUUAAA